AUGACCGGUAUUUUAAGCAAAGAAACCCUUGUUGUCGACGCAUAUAGCACUGACCGAAACGACUUUACACAAAACAUGGGGCUUGGACCUAUCGAUGCGGUUUAUACCUGGGUCAAUGGCUCAGAUCCCAAAUGGAAGAGCGAUAGGGACUUUUGGUAUCAGCGCUGGAUCCAGGAUACCGAUACACCUGCCAGAGAUAUCCCCAGAAACCAAAACAAUGGCUCUAAUGAUGAGGACGGUGCUUCCGCCGAGAAUCAUUUCCGAGACAACGACGAGCUCCGAUAUUCAAUCCGCUCGUUGGAGGUAUACGCACCUUGGAUUCGUCGUAUAUACGUCGUAACGAAUGGUCAGGUGCCUUCUUGGUUAAAGCCAGACAAUCCCCGUCUUACAAUUGUCAAACACUCGGAGAUAUUCGAGAAUUGCUCAAACUUGCCGGUGUUUUCUUCUUCUGCUAUUGAGAGCAACCUGGAUAGAAUUACUGGUCUCAGUGACACGUUACUCUACUUCAAUGACGAUGUUUUCCUUGCUGCGCCGGUGUGGCCAGAAGAUUUUAUUGCAUCAACCGGUGUACAGACCAUCCACCUCUCGCAUCCAGUUCCAUUGGGGUUUGAUGCAUAUCCAGAGUAUCGGGCUCAAGCCGAAAAGUCUGCUUCCAAGCCCCAAGUUUCAGGGGAGCGCGAGCUUGAGGACCACGGGUUUGUAGAUGAUGGGCAGGACGCGGCAGAGUUUGAACAGCUCAUUGGACAAGUGCAUGCCUCAACAGCAUGCGAUAAAGAAGGAGCAGAGAUCCCACAGUUCUUACUUGCCCAAGUUGUGGGCCAGAAUUUCUCUCUUCAACAUGACCACUUCGAUAUUAUCUCGAAGGUCAAGGCAUCGAACGCAACAGAAGGGAUGCCAGAGCUGAACACUAAUGGCCGAAUUAAACUCGCUGCGCUGCUGGAUGCAUUCUCGCAAUGCCCCAGUGCCAAUGACUUGGUUGCCAAUGCAAUCCGAUCAGUGAUAAAAGCAUUCAAUGGACGAUUUCCAUCUUCAAAGCACCUCCGUCGGGUCCCAUCUCACAUGCCUCAUAUGAUGAACAAGCAAAUAUUUACUGAGCUCAAGAUUCUGUUCCCAGAAGAGUUCCAGGUCAACUCAGCACACCGAUUUCGGCACCCCCAGGACCUACAGGUUGGAUUUGCCUACUUCAAUUAUUUAGUCAAUCGUCACGAAUUUUUGUCUUCUACGGACGGAUUUUUGGACCAAGAGAUUGAUAUCAAUCGGAAUUGCAGCAUUGAAGGAGAUCAUGUUCGAACUUUCGAGCAGAAGAAAGGAUAUCAACUGAAGAUGGGAACCGAUGUGACCUUUCACAUGUUGGGAGAUGACUACCAGACUACCAUGGACCAGCUUCAAUCGACAAGAGAUCGACCAACGAAAUUUAUUUGUCUUAAUGACGACAUGAAGAAUCCAUCGAUCGAAGUGAGGCAUGCUUUGAGGCAGUUACUCGAAGAUCUGUGGCCUCUGCCUUCAGCAUUUGAAUUAGCAAAGCCCGUUGAUUAUCAUGCGGCCAAUGGAGCAUUUCCGCCUGUGGAUUACAUGAUUCCACGUCUUUCUCUUAUCCCAAUUUUCUUCGUUGGAAGUACCUUGGUUUUACUUUUAUUGUUGCGAGUUUCGGCGCGUCGGACUCGGCGCAAGAUGAAUUAG